UCCGCCGUAAGACCUUCUGUACGUCCAACUUCUCGGCUCUGCGGACACUUGAGCUCCUCUAUGGCGCAGAUGAGUCUUUAAAAGAGGGACACGGUGUAAAAAUGUGUCUUAUUGACACCACACGGAGGUGUGUUUGAAGGCUCUCCACUGUCACUCAUGGACUUCCUGCUAUGUGUGUGUGUCAGUGACAUGGACACUCAUAGUCCUGUAGCGGAGAGAGGUGUGUGUGUGACUCCCGAGCGUGUCGUCCUCUCUGUUCCAGACAAGCCCCGCCCCCUCCUCAGCAUCACUCCACAGGGGACAAUAUACGAAGGGGAGUCGGUGACCCUGACGUGUCGGGUUCCAGGUCCCUCUACGGGAUGGAGAUACCAGUGGUACAAACUGGUUCGGUACAACACUGGUUUAGGCUAUGUGUUGUACAAUGGUCGAUAUGACUCUCUAGAGCUCCUCCCUGACAGUGUGGGCGGAGCUACGGGUUCCUACACACUCCGCCCUGCUGCUCUUACAAACACAGGGACAUAUGUGUGUGGAGCUGUGAGAGGAACACCAGGCUAUGACACACAGUACAGCGAUGUUCACAGUUUGGAGGUCAAAGAGCUGUUUCCUCGUCCCACCCUGAGUGUGGACCCCCCAGGACCGCUGUGGGAGGGGGAAACUGUGACUCUGAGCUGUCGGACCCAGGCGGUCCCACACAGACAUGGUGUCCAGCUGCAGUUCACCUUCACUAGAGACUCGGAGACACUGAGAGGAGGAGCUUCUUGGUCCCAUCAGGUCACUUUGAGUGUGGGGAAACAACAUUCUGGGACAUACUGCUGUGAGGCUCGGGGGGGGGGACUGAGGAAGCAGAGUGGACCUGUGGACAUGAGCGUCUCAGAGACUCGGCCCAAACCCCUCAUUUCCGUGGAGCCGCCCUGGACUCAGCUCUUCAUCGGAGACCCAGUCACUCUGAGCUGUGGGCUUGGAGAUCCCUCUGCAGGAUGGAGAUACCGGUGGUUCAAAGACAGCCCGGAGAUACCAGUGUCCCGGAGGGCUGCUCUCAGUGCCGCUGGUGACAGAUACACCAUCCGCUCAGCUUCUGUGUCCGACCAGGGCCAGUACCGGUGUAGAGCAGAGAGAGGAAAUCCGUCCUUCGGCUCAGAGCUGUCCGAUGUCCUCAAGUUGGACGUCUCGGAGCUGCUGUCUCCAGCCACACUGACUGUCCGUCCCAAUAGAGCACAGCACUUUGCAGGACAGUCUCUGUCCCUGAGCUGUGUGGUGGACGGGAGCUCGACUGGACUGUGGACUGUGAGGCGACACGUCACACGCUCAGGAGUGCAGUCAGUGUGUGAAGGAGCAGGUGGUUGUGAGAUCAGUCCCACAACAGUGUCUCACAGUGGACUGUACUGGUGUGAGUCUGGAUCAGGAGCAGAGCGCAGUCCUGCUGUCAACAUAUUAGUGCACAGUGGGUAUGUGAUCUUGGACGGCCCGGUGCAGCCUCUAACUGAGGGAGACUCUCUCACUCUCACCUGUGUGGGGAAAUAUUAUCGAAAUAGCCCCAUUAAAGGAGCUCAGUUUUAUAAGGAUGGACAGGAGGUGACGUCCAGCUCUGGAGGACAGCUGACCAUUGGUGCAGUUGGACAGAUGGACAGCGGCUCCUACAGGUGUCAACGUUAUUCCGGGGAACAAUCGGCAGAGAUGUGGGUGACAGUGAGAGCUCUGAUCUCCACAGUCACUCUGACAGUGACUCCAGAAGCUCCAGUGAGGACAGGUGUGACUCUCAACUUCACCUGUGUGGCUCCAGUGAACAAACGGCCUCCUCCUGCGCUCAACUUCAGCCUCCUGAGAGACAACAUCACCGUGUCCAACAGCACCGUGUCGAGCAGCACCGCGUCCGGGAGACGUCCUCAGGCUCAGUGGUCCAGCCUGAUAGAGAACACAGAGCGGAGUCACGCUGGGACAUACAGGUGUCGUGUCACUGGACCCACUGGGCUGAGCUCAGACGGCCUGGAGCUGCAGGUCGCUGUGGAAGUUCAGCGCAUUCCAGGGCUCUUCGGUCUUGGCGCCCUGUCCAUGCUGAGUGCGUCCAUUGCCGCAGUGUGUGUGUGUGCUGUUCCGCCACAGAGAUGCAGCUCGUCCCCUCGGGGGAAGUCAGGGGGACGCGCAAUGAGACGCGUGGGCGACGACGAAGCGCUGCACUGAGCGCAGCGUGUUCCUUGUUCCUCUUUUCGCUGCAUGUAUCGUCACCUUCGGCACAGAGGAUUAUUCCUGCCGUUGGACCUGCGCACCAUGUGGAGCAAUAAAAGACGAGGCCAACGAUGGUUUCUCUACCAUGAGCGUAAAGAAGUGACACCAGCGCUUGAGGACUUUUUUUUUGGGGGGGGGGCGGCACUUACUUUUUCCAUAGCAGAAAACUGCAUUGCUGAUUUUGCGGCUCAAUAAAUUAAUGAUUUAAUAUUUAUUGGUUACAUAAGAUCACCUGGACGUGUGAGUGUUGCUCCAGUCGUGGGCUGUACCCACUUUUCCGCAGCGCUCUGCACCGGGCCUCGCUCCCUGGGGGUCAUCAGGGGUCAUCAAGGCCUCGGUCGUCCCAUGACGACAGCGACGAGCGCGCUGCGGGCGCUGCCAGGGGGGUGGGGGGGACUUGCCUCUGGCACCUUGUAAACGUUUGGGUUCGUGUAAAUGUGAGAAAUCUGCAAACACUGAGCGAUGUUUUAUGAAAUGUAAAGUGCGUUAUUGCGGAAUCCAAAAAGCGGGGAUCGAGAGAGCCGACCGGUGACAGCGGAGGGCAAAAUUACCGCCUUUUACCGUGCCGCUGUAACGUCGGGUUCCUUUCGGAUCAGUGACGGUCUCCCGUGACGGAGCGACGGGAAACGCGUCGGCGGCGGCCGCUCGGCGCAAACGGCGGCGUCCGCGGGACCUACGGCUCGCGGCCGAGGCAGCGGGGACACGUUCGUCGGUCGCCAAUUAUUCAUCAUUAUUAUCUGCUCGUAUAUUACUGGGUCAUUAUAAUCUGUGUCAGCAACCGCCUGUCCGGAGCAGGGUACCGACGCUCCCGGAACAAGGCGCUUCCCCUCAAGGGCUGUUCGGACGAGUCAAUCGCCGUCAAGCUCAACGCUUCAAGUCUCUUUGGAGAACAUUGUGCCAAACAUGUAACAAUAACACAAUUUCUCACUCACUUCCAUCAGCUGCUUAUGCUUGUGUGGGUUGUGGUCGUCCAGACACCUCCUGGAAACACUGGGCGCACACGCGCACACGCCAGGCCUCCGUGAACGGGCGAGGGGGCAGCGGUUCGAGGAGCUCGUUCGUCCCCGGUUUCCGGAGACCGCGGACCGGUACGCGUGGACGAGGCGCCGCAGUCGAGCGGCGGAAACGAGCCGAAGAGGAAGAGGACGGGGGGCGCGGACUCGACCGGACGAAGGCUCUCGCACCCGGGAGCGACGCGGAGCUCACGCAGCGCUCUGGAGAUGGAACAUUUAUUUACCCUCAGCAACGUACAGAUAAACCACCGAGAUCCGUAAACGUCAGCAAAA